CCUCCUGCACUGACCCUCCGUAUCCGUGACUUUCUCUCGCAUCCGCGCGUCCGCCAUCUUGCUCCUCGCGAGGUACAAACAUGACCUACAUAAAUAACGCGUAUUCGUUUGCCGUUCGUUCCCAUUGCCGGAUAAACCAGGUGAUCAAGGUGAAUCGAAGAAAUCCGAGAAGGAUUCGCGGUGUGAUUCUCCGCCAUUGUGUUUCCGCGCUUUUUGCGCAGCGUACCGGAAGUGCGCACGCCGGAUGCGAGUCGUCGCGUCGCGUUGGAUCAAGAGUGAACGAGACUCCAUAUUGUUCUCAUAAUAUGGAGCGCGAGAAAAGAACAAAAACGUGGAGUACAUACAUUGCACAAGGAAGAAGACACAUAAUGCUCCCCACUCCAUCUGCGAUGUGGUUGGAUGAAGUCUGGAAAGAGAUAAGAAAAGAAGACAAGUGUGAUACGUCGUUGCCCCACUACUUCGUGCGAAGAGGGGUAAAAUGGCGCGGCCUCUUCAGUUCCACCUCUUCGCAUCACAGCUUCCAUCAAAUCAACCCUCGAUACGUAGCGCAGAUAUUGUUAUACAUAUAG